AUGGCGGCUGACUUGACAGCGCCCAUUUUGGACGCCUUGUCGUCGACCGACCAACCUCUCCUCUCCUCAGAAGUCUUCCCCUCCGUUCCGUUCCUGAACAUAAAAGCCGCGUUGGAUCGUCUGGCGUCACGGUCGAUGGUGGAAUAUGAGACGAUAGACAAAGAAGCUCUUGUCCUGACGGAGGAAGGCGAGUCCAUUGCCGCCAAUGGCUCGCACGAAGCCAAGGUCUUCGAGGCCGUUCUUGCAUCUCUCGAUGGAUUGAAAAUCGCAGAUCUUCCCGCUAUUGUUGGAAAGGAUAUCGCCAAGGUUGGACAGGGCAAUGCUUUCAAACGAGGGUGGAUCAAGAAGGAUAAGGACUUGCUACGAGCAAACACAGACAAGAUUGAAGAUGAGACGAGAUUGUUGCUGCAGACCAUCAAGGAAUCACAAACCCACCCCGAUCCCAAGGUGAUCGCAGACUUGAAAAAGAGGAAGCUGAUUGCCGUACAAAAAGUUAUCAGCUACAAGUUCAAGAAGGGCCCCAAGUAUGCGCGAGAAUUCGUCAAGGAAGAAACCGACUUGACAGAAGAGAUGCUCGCGAGCGGAGCGUGGAAAACUGCCCACUUGAAACCAUACAACUUCAACUCAAAGGGAGCCCUGACCCCCAGUGGCGCAUUGCACCCGCUCAACAAAGUCCGACAAGAGUUCAGGAAUAUCUUCUUCGAGAUGGGGUUCGAAGAAAUGCCCACCAACCGCUUCGUCGAAACUGGUUUCUGGAACUUCGAUGCUUUGUACGUACCACAACAACAUCCCGCUCGUGAUUUGCAAGAUACAUUCUACAUUGCCGAUCCACUCAAGGCCGAUCCUCCUCGUGAGGAUCCUCCCAACGACCCUCAUUUGACCAAGGCAUCAUCUAUGCCAUCAUCUGCAAAGAAGCAAGAAGACAAGCCAUUGGACUACAAGCAGUACUGGGACAAUGUUCGUGCCGUCCACGAGCACGGUAAAUACGGUUCAAUUGGAUACCGGUAUCCCUGGAACCCGGACGAAGCCCUACGUCUCGUACUCCGAACACACACAACCUCCGUGUCGACCUACAUGCUCCACAAACUCGCCGCCAACCCCCGACCAGCUCGCUACUUCAGUAUCGACCGCGUCUUCCGUAACGAAGCCGUCGACGCCACUCACUUGGCCGAAUUCCACCAAGUCGAAGGUGUCAUUGCUGAUUUCGGUCUUGCUCUCGGUGGUCUGAUCGGCUUCAUGGAAGUCUUUUUCGCGAAGAUGGGUAUUCAUCGCCUUCGUUUCAAGCCCGCUUUCAAUCCUUACACCGAGCCCAGUAUGGAAAUUUUCGGAUAUCAUGAUGGAUUGGGUAAAUGGGUUGAGAUUGGCAACAGUGGUAUGUUCAGGCCGGAGAUGUUGGAGUCUAUGGGAUUACCGAAGGAUAUGCGUGUGUACGGUUGGGGGUUGAGUCUUGAGCGACCUACUAUGAUCAAGUAUGGAGUAAGCAAUAUCCGUGAACUCCUCGGUCACAAAGUCGAUUUGAACUUCAUUGAGUCGAAUCCCGCUGUUCGUCUCGACAGGGAUUAG